AAAUGGCGUCGGUUAGUCGCUUGUCAAACAUAGCAAUGCGUGAGUUCAUGUGAAUGCUAGUAGGAAAAGUUGACUUUAAAUUUACUACAUUUUUGUCGUUGCUUUGCGGAGUAAUAUCCCCACAAGUGAAAUACGAUGGGUCGGUCAAGAUCACGGAGUAAGUCACCGCGGCGACACCAUAAAAGUAGCAAACAUUCUAGGAAGAAGAGUCGCUCCAAGGAUCGUUCAUCAUCAAGGAGUAGAAGUUCUAAACUUGUAGAAAAAUCUAGGGAACGAAGUUCAAAAUCCAGAAAAAGAUCGCAUUCCAUGUCCUCUUCAAGCAGUAGUGAAGCUUCGUACGAAGGGAGUAGAAGCCACAGGAAGAAGUCGAAGGGGCGCAGUAAGAUGGAUGAAGUCGACAGACUAGCUGAAAUGGAAAGACAGAGACGUGUGAGAGAAGCUGAACAGAAAGUGGUGGAAGAAGAAGCAGCGAAAAGAAUAGAACUUCUAGUGAAGAAGAGAGUUGAAGAGGAAUUAGAAAAAAGAAAAGAUGAAAUUGAACAAGAAGUGGCUAAAAGGGUAGAAGAAGCGAAACGGAAGAUGGAGAAAGAAAUGAUGGAAGAACUUGAGCGACAAAGAGAACAACAGCGCCGCGAGGAGCUGGCUAGACAGGAGGAAGAAGCUCGUAAAAGGAAAGAGCUGGAGGAAAUCAUGGCUGAAAAUAAUAAAAAGAUUGAAGAAGCUCAGCGCAAGCUGGCUGAGGAGCGGCUAGCCAUGAUUGAAGAACAAAGGAAAAUGGACGAAGAACGGCAGAAAUUGAAAAAAGAACAAGAAAAGAGAGUUAAAGAGGAACAGAGAAAAAUAUUAGGCAAAAAUAAUUCAAGACCUAAACUGUCAUUCUCGUUGAAUCCUCUAUCAUGAGUGGUGUCCAACACUUAAGGGUGACUCUAAAUAAUGAAGAUCAUCAUUAUUUAAUAGAAUCAUUUACAGGUUUUACCUAAGAGACAUUUUCAUUAGCUUAGGUAUGUGUACAUGUUUAUUUUCUUGGCAAGAUUAAAUAAGACUUGGAGUGGAAAAUUCGGCGGUCAAACUCACCAAGACCUUAUGGCACGGUUGACAGUAUUGCUGAAAUUAAAAUCUAUAGAACGUAGAUACCUCAUAGGGCCUUGUAAAUAUAUAAACAAGACGUGUGAUCUACAAUGUUGCCCUAAACAAUUGGAUAAGAAUUCCAUACUUUUUUUUCAAACUAUUGUCCUCAGAAAAGCACUUUGGCAUUUUUAUACAUAGCUGGAUUGUCAAGAAGUAUCAAAACUAUCUUUUCUUAUAAAAAAAAAGUGAAAUAACAUUUUGUUGAAGAGCAAUUGAAAAAUUGAUUUUCUUUCAGAUAACCAUUUAAAAGAUUUGUUUGAUGGAGAUUGUGUCCAUUAAAAAACUGUCUUCUUUUAAGUGGUACCAAUUUAAAUCAUUAACACUGUAAUUAAAUCUGGUUAAUAAAUAAAAAAUGAAAAAACUCAUCGCAAAAUGUGAAUGCAUGUGAAUUGCAAAAAAAAAAUCAUCUAAGUAUGUUCUGACACGUCAAUAAUAAAUCUCGCAAAGUCGGCAGCAAUGUCGUGUGGGUACCUACAUAUUAACGACGAAGUUAGAUUUUUUGUCCAGUCCAAGUCCACAAGUGACCUAUUGAAUUAUAGAACUACAAUUUAUUUAAUAGCUGUAAGAAUUAAUCCUAUCUAAGUGCUGCCGAUAUUACAUAUAGAUUACCGUUCACAAAGGAGCCUUAUAAACAUUAAUGUUUUAAGUGCAUUAUACAUAGUAAUGUUAUGUAAUAAAAUCAAUCGACUGCCAUUGCAAGGUUAUUGUUUUGUAAUAGAUAACGAAAGCUUUGUGUCAAAACCUUUUUGCAGUGCUAGUUAUCGCCAUAGUGAAUUAACAUAAAUACAUUAUAUACAGUUGUCUACAUAGGGUCGGGUUUAGUUAGGGCCAAAUUAUGUUUUUCAAUGAAACAAAACUAAGAUAGGCUUUUGUAAAUGUACAUACGUUUGUAAAUUUAAGGUUAAGAUUGUAGGAUUAUUUUAAGCAGUUUAGAAUAAAACAUUUCAGUUAUAGUAUAUUUUAUACAUGAAACAAACUUUGUAAAGCUGGUUGCAUAUUACUCAUGUGGACAGAGAAGGUAUUAUAAAAUUUAUAAACCUGACUCCCUAAAGGCCUAAUGACAUGUUGACAUGAGCCUCAAGCAAAAAAGAGAUGAUUUUGCACCAUCCCUUAUUCGCUUUAGCAUUUGGAUUACUAACUUCUUAUUAAGUAUUUGAUUUACGGAUUUCUAAUUUCCCAAACAAUAUUUUUUGUCUUUGUUGCCUUUGAUUCUGAGUUAAUUAUGAUGUGAAUAUGUAACCAAUUUUACACUGAUAUUAUACUUGUGUUUCUUUAUGGUGUAAUUCACAACAAUUGUUUGCUUUAUUCAGUAAGAAUCUUUCCAUCCAUUGUAUUCUUCAUUACACAUUUCCUUAAUGCAUGCCAUUAAAUUUCCACUAUAAUCCCAAUUUUCGUUUUUAUAUGGCAUUACUUUAGUAAUUGUAAAUUAGGAGCUAUGUAUUUUGCACAAAAUUGGAUAUUUAUACCGAUCGGCAUAGGGAGCCUUAACAUAAAGGCCUCACUUGAUAAAUAGAUCGUGAAAAUCAUUAUGCAUGAAAGGAAUAUUUCCCUUUUCCUUAAGAUUAUUAUUAAAUUAUGGCAUUUAAAAUUUCGACCGUCCUUGUUUAUGCAUAUUUUGAACAAAUAAAUCGAGCGAUGUGAUGUAAAAACUUUUGUUAUCAAUUAAUUGCAAUACAGUACAUUUAUCUCCCGAACAUUCGAAGUGUAAUAAUAAUUCAUUAUUCAUUUAAUUAAAUAAAGCCCUUCACAUAA